CUGGAAAAAUCUAUAUAUACAAUUUCCAAUCAUGGGUAAAUGUGUCAGCAAACACAAAUUAGGGUGGGGUGGAGGGAGCAUAAAUCAUUUCUUUUCCUGGAUAUUUACUUGUAAUUUUGUCUUCCAUCAGACUGCUGAAAAAAAGCCUCCAGAGAUACAAACAUACAUUAACAAAUCACACCCCUCUGGUAUAGAUGAUCUGUGACGGUGAGCAGUGGAAGGCUAUCUCUAGCUCCAAGAAAUCAUUUUAUAGCAGUGCUGCUAUAAAAUGUUAUGGCUCCCUGACUGAUACUACACACUGGACCAGAAAGUACCUGAGGAGGAAAAAAGAAAUUCCUGAACAAGAAGGGAGAAAAAAAGUGGAAUGAAUAAUCAGUCCUCCAUCACUGAAUUUCUCCUCCUUGAAUUCUCUGCAAUUCGAGAACUGCAGAUUCUACACUUCCUUUUGUUCCUGGUUUUGUAUUUGUCAGUUUUAUCAGGAAAUCUUCUCAUCGUCUCUGCAGUAACUUGGGAUCGCCAUCUUCAUACCCCUUUGUACUUCUUUCUUAUGAAUUUGGCCAUUCAGGACAUAGGCUCUGUCUCAGCUAUCAUACCUAAAUCUAUGGUCAAUUCUUUCAUGAAUACCAGACACAUUUCCUUCUCAGGAUGUGUUGCUCAAGUCUUCUCCUUUGUGUUCUUUGUGGGAUCUGAUUUCUUUCUCCUCACAGUUAUGGCAUAUGAUCGGUUUGUUGCCAUCUGCAAUCCUUUACAUUAUGAAAUGGUAAUGAACAAGCAAACCUGUACACAAAUGGUAGCCACUGUUUGGAUCACUGGUUUUUUCUAUGGCGCUUUACAUACUGGAGGUACUUUUGUAGUUCCUUUUUGCUCCAACAUUGUCAAUCAGUUCUAUUGUGAAAUCCCACAUUUACUAAAGCUCUCCUGCUCUAACUCAUACCUAGUUGAAAUUUUUGUUCUUGUGGUCAGUGCUAUUAUAGAAUUAGGAUGUUUUGUCUUCAUCAUAAUUACAUAUGUGUUGAUAUUCAGUGCUGUGCUAAGAAUCCCCUCUGUUCAGGGAAGGCAAAAGGCAUUGUCUACCUGUCUCCCACACCUCAUUGUAUUCUCUAUAUUUAUUUUCACUGGAUGGUUUGCCUACUUGCGGCCUCCCUCUCAUACUCCAUCUACUUUUGAUUUGGUUUUAACAGUGAUAUAUACCUUUCUUCCACCCUUGAUGAAUCCUGUUAUCUAUAGCAUGAGAAAUAAAGAGAUCAAGAGUGCCAUAGUAAAGCUAUUAAUUUCACUAUGUUCUUCCAUUGAAACCUAUUUAACUAUUUUUAUGUAACUAUGGGCCCAUCCAGACAGAUCUAUAAUGCAGGAUCUGUCUCGGUUUUACUGGAGGUGUCCAAAUGACACCUCUGGUAAAACCGAAUUAAUUUGGAACAAUGCAAAGUUUCCCUGUUUUGUUCUGAAUUAAUAAAAAAAUCUGGUGAGAUCUGUCUUAACACAUGUGGGCUUGUGUGGAUUGGGCCUGGGGACAACAUCACAUGAUCCCCAGGCCCAAUCAACAUAGCCUUUUAAGUUUUUCAGGCUCCAGAAGCCCCCCAAAAAACAAGAGGGAAGCCAUCCCCCAAAGCUCCAAAAUAGCACCUAAAAAUAAAAUAAAGCUUACCUGACCAACCACUUGGGUCUUCUGGUGCAUCAUUUCCUUGUGUUAGGAGGGCAUGAGGAGGAACAUAAUGGCGGCCAGGUAAGAUUUAUUUUAUUUUUAGGGUUUAUUUUGGGAGGUUUUGAGAUGGCAUGUAGUCACUCUACCCAGGAAAGCCUUUUUUUUGGGGGGGGGGUGCAGUGGGGACUCAAACCUGCAACAAAGCUGGCUUUUUAAACCCACUUUGGCAUGGGUUUUAGUCUUAUUUGGAAGCACCCUAUAUGAUUGUUACUUUUAUUUGUGAGUGAGAAAGGAAAAAAUAAAUCCUUAAUUUGGAAUAUUUCUAAAAGGAAUGAAGAACUUGGUUUAGGAAUCUCAGAUACUGGGAUGCCUGAAAUCAAAACUUCAGCCAUUUCCCCACAUUAACCACAUUUAUAGAUGCCUAUAGACUUCAUAACUUUGAAUUACCUGAUCAUGUGUAAUAAGGGCUACCCACCACACAUCUUCUUUGAUGUUCUAAAUACUAAUUGCAAUGCAUAAAGGAGGCUAUGGUCUCUCACAGAACUCAAUGAAUGUGUGAUGAUAAGAGAAGUGUAACCAGGAAUGUUGUACAUAUAGAUAGACACAGGCAGCAUAUGGAUUCUCAUUACUUGGUGAUGGUUCUUGAUCAGUAUUACUCAGUCUGUGAACCAGCAGUGGCUAAACUCAUUAGAUGCAUGGCAUAAAACUCCUGUUAUCUAUAGCAUGAGAAUCAAAUAGGUUAAUACUGCUGUAGCACAGUAUCAAUUUCAUUGUGUUCUUCCACAGAAACCUAUUUUAUUAUUUCUAUGUAAUGAUUACCGGUAGUUAUUUUUAUUUGUAUGUAGGAAAGAAAAAAAGUUGAUGUGAUACAUUCCUUUAAAAAAACAGAACCUUUCUCAGUUAUAUCAUAUACUGGAUUUUAUGUUGUUGGAAUCAUUUCAUGCUAUAAUGCUUGAAGUCUGGAACACUAGGCUUGAAAAUUAAUUCAGUAAUGUUUAACUAUGGGAACUGAGAGUAGAAUUCAUUGCCAUUGACACUAAUAAAGGAAAAGAUUUGAUUGGUUGAAUGAUCUCUGAUUCAUUUAUUUCCUGAAGAGACUAUGGCAUUUCCUAAGAAGAUUGUAGAUCCUGUCACUCAUAAUCCCUAAAGACAUAUUGUAUUAUUAGCACCAUUAAAUCUACUCUUUCUGUUGCUUUCAAGUUGCCUUCUACCAGCCUGGAUUUUUCACCAUUAUGCUUGCUAUUACAGAAUGACAGAAAUCCAACACAUCAUGAAACUGUGUCCUGGUAAUUCAUCUUGUGAACUGUUGAAUUCAGUGUUGUUACUGAUCUGUUUUGUCUUAUUUUCUAUCUAUUGCUCACAGAUCAACAUGUAUAAGUUGGGUAACCCUCACAA